AUGUACCAGUUUGUCGUAAUCGGCAAAGGUGGCAUAAGGCUCGAUUCCCACAGAGGCCUUCUCUGUGAUCACUUCAAGUUCUUCAGAGCACAUCGACUAAGACGUGACCCUCUAGAAGUCCCAGCCAUGACCCAAAAAAUGUUUGAUUCUCUAUGUUCAUACGCACACAGUGGAUGCCUAGAUCGCUUUACUGUCACACCCCUCAUUAGCAAUACCACUCAUACAUUCCGAAGCCAUGCAGGCCGAAAACUUUUCGAAGAACAUGCUCAAUAUCUGCGCGACCUUUACUACGCCGUCGAGCUAGUCGAUGAAAAGCCACUUAUGAACGAAAUCAUGGACGAGAUUCAAGACCUUCAAGCUGCUGCAUAUUCUGUUAUCUCCCCCGAAACGAUCCAGGAAAUCUACAUGAAUACGAAAAGAUUCAGCCCCCUACGUCUGUAUGCUCUCUUCACCAUGAAAAACGAAUCAGAGAAAGGUACCGAGGAGGGUGUAAUUCCUGGAAUCGAUGUAAUAUCGCGAACCUAUGCAUGCGAGGCAGCUACUGAUGAUGAAGAAAUAAAUUUAGAUGAAUUCCUCCCAGACUAUCGGUUUGUUUGUAUGAAAUGGAAAGCAGAGGGAGAGUUUGAUCCCACUGUCAUAGGUAGCAGAUUUGGAGAACAUGGUUGCGAAUUUCAUGAACAUGAUGACCCUGAAGAAGUUGGAAAGUGCGGCCCACUGUUCAAUUACUAG